AAGCUUUAUUCUGACAAAUCAAAACGGAAGUUCUGUGAGGGUGUCGUUCACUGGCGUUACAUUUCUACUCAAACGGACAGUUACUUGGACCGGAAUGCGGCAUUAGUAAACCAACAGAAACUGUAACGCACACUGACACGCAAAAGGAAGGCUGCCGAGCCAGCAGCUUUGGCGCAGCCGACACGUCAUGGCUGGCUUCAGGCAAGAGGAUGUGGAGCUGCACUAUGAAAUGGAAGAGGAGCUGGGCAGCGGUCAAUUCGCCAUCGUGCGCAAGUGCAAAGAGAAGAGCUCGGGCAACGAGUAUGCCGCCAAGUUCAUCAAGAAGCGCCGCCUGUCAUCCAGCCGGCGGGGUGUGAGCCGCGAGGAGAUCGAGCGCGAGGUCAACAUCCUGCGCGAGAUCCAGCACAGCAACAUCAUCACGUUGCACGACAUCUUCGAGAACAAGACGGACGUCAUCCUCAUCCUGGAGCUGGUGUCCGGCGGCGAGCUCUUCGACUUUCUCGCCGAGAAGGAGUCGCUGAGCGAAGAGGAGGCCACGCAGUUCCUCAAGCAGAUCCUGGAUGGCGUGCACUACCUGCACUCCAAGCGCAUCGCACACUUUGAUCUCAAGCCCGAGAACAUCAUGCUGCUGGACAAGAACGUUCCCAAUCCCAGGAUAAAGCUCAUUGACUUCGGCAUCGCCCAUCAGAUCAAAGCCGGCAACGAGUUCAAGAACAUCUUUGGAACGCCUGAGUUUGUAGCUCCAGAAAUAGUCAACUACGAACCGCUGGGACUGGAGGCGGACAUGUGGAGCAUCGGGGUCAUCACUUACAUCCUCUUGAGCGGCGCUUCUCCGUUCCUGGGCGAGACCAAGCAGGAGACACUGACCAACAUCUCGGCGGUCAACUACGACUUUGACGAGGAAUACUUCAGUAACACCAGCGAGUUGGCCAAAGAUUUCAUACGACGCCUGCUGGUCAAAGAUCCCAAGAAGCGAAUGACCAUCGACGACAGUCUUCAACAUCCAUGGAUUAAGGUGAUCAAGCGGCGCAACGUGCGCCAGGAGGAGCGCGACCACAAGCCGGAGCGCCGGCGCCUGAAGACCACACGUCUGAAGGAGUACACCAUCAAGUCCCACUCCAGCAUGCCGCCCAACAACACCUACGUCAACUUCGAGCGCUUCUCGCAAGUCCUGGAGGAGAUCGCGGCGGCCGAGCAGGGGCUUCGCCAGCUCGAGCGCAACCGGCGCUCGUGCCGCGACGACGUGGCGGCGCUGCUGUCCAUCUAUGAGGAGAAGGAGGGCUGGUACAAGGAGGAGAGCCGAGGCAUCUCGGGCCAGCUGGGCGCCGUCCGCCAGGAGCUGCAACGCACGCAAGCGCAACGCAAGAAGAGCCAGGAAGACGCCCGGGGAGCCGCGCAGGCUGCCGGUGCGCUCAAGCGCAAGUUUGGACGCCUGGAGAACCGCUAUGAGGCGCUGGCCGAGCAGGUGGCGCAUGAGGUGCGCUGGGUGGAGGAGCUGGUGCGCUCCAUCGCCGCAGACAAGGACCGGCAAGAGAGCGCACCUUGAGGCUGCGCUUCAACACGCUCCUCACCUUUAAUUUAUUAUUUUACACUUUUUUUUUUCUUUUUUUUUAACGGGCUGUCAUUCUUACUCGCUCAUUAAAUUGUUUAUUAUUUUGUUUUUAUUAACGUCAGCUUGUCACAAAUGAGGCAGGGCAACCAUGUGCAACAUAAACUUUUUAAUUAGGGUAAAGGGGAAACUGGAACUCCAGCAGGGAAGGUGCACGGAGCAGGGUGAUGAGCGUGCAGACAAGGGCAAGGCAAGUUUGUAGUCGGUGAGAGGUCGAAGGUCAAAGCUAACAAAAAGCGAAACAGGCGGGAAGCAAGCGGGACGCAAGCGGGCGUUUUGCUACAAAGUCAAUCAGGCAAACGGGAACAGAGCAAGAACAGGUGGCAGGCACGUGUGUGUCUAAGUAGACAAACAGGCAGGAGUGAUGGCAGUUUGAAUAGUUAACCAACAUUCCAUUCUUUUUUCAUUCUUUUUUUUUUUUUUACACAUUCCAUAUUUUGUAUAGAAAGAACAAACAUAUUUUUUACCCCAUUGGCACUUAUGAUUAGAGCAGUGUUUGAAAAUAUAUUUUUUAUUGUAUAUGUGUAAACAAGCUGGAAACAUUUGACAGCUUUUUUCCAAUAAAACGUUUUCCCU